AUGGUCAUUCAUGGGUCCUGUGAAACAGUAGGACUGCCUCACGGGGUUUCCGGGGGUGUAAAUCCUGCUCGAGGAGACUGCCACAUCGUGCCCCCAAAGGGAGCCAAUGGGGGCUUCAAAGUGCUGACCCUUCUGUUAGCAGCUGAGCGCUUUAAACACACAGCCACCAGAGCUUCGAAUAACUUACUAAAGCAGAUUUUAAUAUUUGCCUGUGAUGCCUGUAAAAACGUUGCACUUCAUGUUCCUUCCAAGCUCAAUGCUGAGAAAUUUAUUGGUAGAGUUAACCUGAAGGAUUGCCUUAAAUCUGCACAUCUAAUUCGCUCAAGUGAUCCUGAUUUCCGAAUUUUAGAAGAUGGCUCGAUUUAUACCACAAAUACUAUACUGUUGUCCUCAGAGAAGAGGACUUUUACCAUCUUACUUUCCAACGCUGAGAACCAAGAGAAGAAAAUAGUUGUGGUUUUAGAGCAUCCAACGAAGGUUUUAAAGAAAAGGCAUUCUAAAGAAAAAGUUCUUCAACGAGCCAAGAGAAGAUGGGCCCCUAUUCCUUGUUCCAUGCAAGAGAAUUCCUUGGGGCCUUUCCCACUUUUUCUUCAACAGAUUCAGUCCGAUACAGCACAAAACUACACUGUGUACUAUUCCAUCAGAGGGCCUGGCGUUGAUCGAGAACCGAUAAAUUUAUUCUAUGUAGAGAGAGACACAGGAAACCUGUAUUGUACUGGUGCUGUAGAUCGUGAACAGUAUGAGUCUUUUGAGCUGGUCGCCUUUGCGACAACUCCAGAUGGUUACACUCCAGAGCUUCCACUGACCCUACUUAUCAAAAUUGAAGAUGAAAACGACAAUUACCCAGUUUUCACAGAGGAGACUUACAGUUUUACAAUUUUUGAAAAUUGCCGAGUUGGUUCUACGGUGGGGCAGGUGUGUGCAACUGACAAAGAUGAGCCCGACACCAUGCAUACCCGGCUGAAGUACUCCAUCAUUGAGCAGAUGCCAGCAUCGCCAACCCUAUUCUCCAUGAAUCCCAAGACUGGGGUCAUAACCUUGUCUUCGCCUCAACUGAACAGAGAGUCAGUUAAUAAGUACCGGUUAAAAAUAAAAGUGCAAGACAUGGAUGGCCAAUAUUUUGGAUUGCAGACAACCGCAGUUUGUAUUAUUAAUAUAGAAGAUGUGAACGACCACUUGCCGACCUUCACUCGUACUUCUUAUGUGACAUCAGUGGAAGAAAAUACAGUGGAUGUGGCAAUCUUACGUGUUGCUGUUGAAGAUAAAGAUUUAGUUAAUACUGCUAAUUGGAGAGCUAAUUAUACCAUUUUAAAGGGGAAUGAAAAUGGAAAUUUUAAAAUUGUGACAGAUCCCGUGACCAAUGAAGGAAUUCUGUGGGUGGUGAAGCCUCUGAACUAUGAAGAAAGACAGCAGGUGGUCCUGCAAAUCGGGGCCCUCAACGAAGCACCCUAUGCUAAAGAGUUGACGGCCAACACAGCCAUGAGCACUGCGACCGUUACUGUUGAUGUGAGAAACCAGGACGAGGGCCCAGAGUGUAGCCCUCCGUUUCAGACGGUUCAGAUUAGAGAAAACGCCCCUGUGGGAUCACGGAGCCAUGGGUAUAAGGCGUAUGACCCAGAGAGCAGAAGCAGCAGCGGCAUCAGUUACAGGAAAAUAAAUGAUCCGAGAGGGUGGGUCACCAUUGAUGAGAAGACAGGAUCAAUCACCACUUUUAGAAGCCUGGAUCGAGAAGCCGAGGCAAUCAGAAAUGGUAUCUACAACAUCACAGUCCUCGCCACAGACAAAGAUGGAAGAACAUGUACUGGAACACUGGGACUUAUGCUUGAAGAUGUGAAUGACAAUGGACCAUUCAUCCCUACACCAACAGUGAUCAUCUGUAAACCCACCAUGUCCUCUGCGGAGAUUGUCGCUGUCGAUCCUGAUGACCCGAAGCAUGGGCCACCCUUUCAGUUCACAGUGGAGAGCGGUCCGGGUUCAGAUGCGCAGGCCAUGUGGGAACUGACAAGACUUAAUGAUACCGCCGCACGUCUUCACUAUAAGACUGAUCCUCCUUUUGGAACAUAUGAAGUACCUGUCAGAGUCACUGAUGUAUUGGGCCAGUCUAAACUUACUAUAGUCAAUGUUUUGCUAUGUGACUGCGUUAUUGAAAAUGACUGCACACUCCGGAUCGGUGCAAGAACUGGCAAUGCAAAUAUGAGACUUGGAAAAUGGGCCAUCCUUGCAAUACUGUUGGGCAUAGCAUUGCUCUUUUGUAUUCUAUUUACACUAGUGUGCGGGGCUACCACAAUGGGCAAACGACAAAAAGGUUUCCCGGAUGAUGUAGUUCAGCAGAACCUAAUUGUGUCCAACACUGAAGCUCCCGGAGAUGACAAAGUGUAUGUCACAAAUGGCUUUACAUCCCAUGUGGUGGGCAGUUCUGCUCAGGGAGUUUGUGGCACCAUGGGAUCGGGAAUCAAAACUGGAGGCCAAGAAACCAUUGAAAUGGCGAAAGGAGGCCAGCACACCUUGGAAUCCUGCCAAGGGGCAGGGCAUCAGCAGACCUUGGACUUGUGUAAGGGCAGUGGACACCACACGCUGGACGCUGGCCGGGGAGGCCAUGUGGAGGUGGACCAUUGCAGACACACCUACUCAGAGUGGCAUAAUUUCACUCAGCACCGCCUUGGUGAAAAGGUGCAGCAGUGUUCUCAGAAUGCUGAGGAUAAUCCUGCCCAAGACUACGUCCUCACAUAUAAUUACGAAGGCCAGGGCUCGGUGGCUGGGUCUGUAGGUUGUUGCAGCGAACAGCAAGAGGAAGAUGGGCUUGCGUUUUUGGAUCAUCUGGAGCCCAAGUUUAGGACACUCGCCGAAACAUGCGUAAAGAGAUGAGCGUGAUUUACGAAAUUGACUGAAGCAAGUGUCUUUGCUACCAUUUUCUUGUUGUUUCUUUUCUCUUUAAAAAAAAUACAAACCAGGGCUUUCAAAAAAUAGAAGAUGCUAUGUCAGGGACUUCUACCCUGUAUUUUAGUGGAAGUUCAUUGGCCAAGUGCCUGGUUACGGAGAGACCCUAGAAAUAAGUGCAUAUAUUUUCCAAUUUUUGCGUAGAUUUUGCUAAUUUAUCUUCCACCCAAGGAAAUCCACAGAUAAAAAGAAACUAAGGGCAUCUCCAUUGUUGUUUACAUUUGGGAAUGAUGACAAAAGCCGAUCAAUUGUGCAAUGCAAUUUAAUUAGCGCAAGUCUACAUUAUAGACUGCUUAAGAUAUUGUCUAACGGAAGAUUAGAGAGGACUUGCUUUAACAUUAUCUCCGGUUAACCAAUUAUUUGGUGCUGAAAAAUGUUGUUCUCCUAAACAUUCUAAAGUGUAAAUAUUCCAUCCUUGACGUUGUCUUAUUCUUGUAGCAUGGCUUUCCUUCAUAAUGCAAAGGGAAACUUCCUAUUAUAAAUAUUAUAAUUCCAUUUUCCUUGAAUUGAAUUUCUAAGUUUGGUGCUCUUCAGAGUCCUGCCCUGAAUGUAAAUUUUCUGUUACUAUUCCCAACUUCAAAAUGCUUUCAAAAUAUAUCCUUACUCUUGCUACUUUGGUGCCUUGGAAAUGUCAAGAGGUGUCUGUCUGUCUCUCCAUGCCUUUAUCUUUAAAAUGUGCUGCUUGAGAUGUACCAUCUAAAUAUUUUUAAAAGUCAUAUUUCUUAUCUUCAUUUACAAAAUGAAUUACUUUGAUUUUGUUUUGUGUAAGCAUAUGUGCAUUCUUAAAACCAGUAUCAUGUUACCUUAUUUGUUCCGGUAUCUUGGUGAUUCCUUCUUAUGUUCUCAACAAAGAACCUUUAAUUAGGUCAUUGAAACUGUAUUUCAUGUUUUAGUUACAAGUCACAUUAUACACAACUACUCCUCACUUAUCCACUACCUGGUGAAAUUCCAGUCCUUAAGGGAAGAUCAGCAUUAUGUGAAUGUGGAGAAUGACCACAUCAGGGGACAACAUGGAGGGUGAUGUCAUCAUUACAUAACCACCAAAUUGCUUCACUCCCAAACGGCAAACCACUCAGAUUCAUGGCCCCGUCACGUUGACACAUAACCUGGUCAUCACAGCCAGCGUUUCUCUUACUUUGCACCUUGGUGUUCGAUGCUGCCAAAUAUUUGCACAUUAAUGUGCAAAAUAGACGGUGGAUUUUUAAUAGGUUAUAAAUACAAAAUACUGGAUCAUAAGAUUGACAUUAAGUGAAGAAUAGGUGUAUUAAGAAAAUGAUGAGUGUAAUUAAAAUUUGGAUGUGUGUAUAUGGGUAGAUAUACACAUAUAAUAUAUAUACAUCUAUAUAAUAGCAUAUUUGUAGUUUAUAUAUUUAGUAUAGGAUAUAUAUUGCAAUAUAAAUGCAAAACAGUGACAGUGUUUUUUAAAUAAGCUUCAGAAUUAAACAUCUUAAAAACUAGUUAGAGAUGACUCUUUUAUACCAUUUCAGAUGAAAGCUAGUUAUAGCUACGUACUUGUAAAGCCAUUUUUAGUAUUUCAAAAUGAAAGGUUUUAGCAAAUGUAGAAGUGUGCCAAACUAUUUGAAUUUUGAAAUAAGAUGCAAGUAAAACUAAUAGUUAAAAAAAUCCAAAUCAGAAUUUAGCCAAUGUAUUUUGCAUGUAUAUUGACCAUAUUAACAUUUAAAGUGUACUUUUAGUGCAUAUCAUGGUUCAUAAUGUGUCUGUCUUGAAUUUCUAAACAAGAAUUACUUGUAAGGGAUAACAUAUUCAGUAAUUAGUGUAUAUUGGUGAGAGUUUCCUUAUUGCACAGUGAGAUUUGCCAAAGUUAUUUUUAAUAAAUUAUAUACAAAAUUCUUAUAUGUUACCAGUUCUGAUAAAAUAGUUUUAAAAGUUAUUGUAAGUUUGUUAAUUAUAUUUUUGAUACAGUUUAAAAGAUUGCAUUUUUUCUUACUUAGAAAAAUGGAUGCCUUCUUUAGAAUUCCUGAUAUAUGCGGUGUGUGUGUGUGUGUGUGUGUUUCGUGUGUGGCUUUAGAACUUGAUUUGGAGAGGCCUUUGGUUCAUUGUUAAUACCGCCUUUGCAUAAGUUUAUUAUCCUAAAGAUUAAUGUGAUGGGAUACUGGUUAAGUUGCAUAAUUUCUCUAUAUUUUUUCAUCUUGGGAGGUAGUAAUAGGACUGAUUUUCUAGGGUAGUUGUAAAACAUUUAAAUAAACAUUCUCUUUUAAACAUGAGCUUCAUAUAGAGUGGUUCACAUAAAAAGAUAUACCUAGUGAUACUAAAUGAUUUCAAAUAAAUCACAAUUCAUAAUUCAUUUCAUGUUAAUAAAAUCAAUUAAGAAUAUAGAAGACGAUCGUUUUUUAUUAUCACUUUAGAUGGUCAGUUGAGGAUAUUUCUCUUCCUAACACCUGGCUGACGUUUGAGUCUUGUAUAAUGAAUCAUUCAAACUGUAAACUUCAAACAUCGCUGAAUCAUCUGUAUAGGAUUUCCAAAUAAAAAGCUGUCUAUAAAAAUGUGUAA